CCCUGAAGACAUCUGAAGUUGAUGAUUGGAGACGGUAUAGAAAGUAGGAGGAGCUGGACGUGUUUGUCCAAUCCUGUCUGCUAUAAGCCUCUCAGCAGCUCUCUCCUCGCUCCUGCAAACAGUGAAAAUCACACUUGCAUCUGCAGACAGAGAUGUCAUGUGAAAACCCGCAUGCUAUUCUUUCAAACUGCCGAACACUAUCAAGAAACACAGACUUUCUGUACACAACGCCUUCUGGAAUGCUUUCUGCCUAGAAUGUAACAUCCUUCUGCAACUAUUGAUGAUAACAUCCUUCUGCAACUACUUUUGCUGAGGAUUCUGUAUUUUAAUGUUUAUGUUUCUAUCUUCAUGACUGAAGUGAGAAGACAGUCGCCACCAUGCGAGCACAAAUUGAAGUGAUACCAUGCAAAAUCUGUGGAGAUAAAUCCUCAGGAAUUCAUUACGGUGUUAUAACAUGUGAAGGCUGUAAGGGGGUGACCAGGAACAAGAACUUACCUGUGUAGGAAACACCUGUGGAACAAACAAACGGUUUGAUCAAGAAGAAGGAAAUUAAAAGACACAGGGUUUCUUUCGGAGGAGUCAACAGAAUAAUGCCUCAUACUCCUGCCCACGACAGAGGAAUUGUUUAAUUGACAGAACAAAUAGAAACCGUUGCCAACAUUGCCGACUGCAGAAGUGUCUUGCCCUCGGAAUGUCUCGAGAUGCUGUGAAAUUUGGAAGAAUGUCUAAGAAGCAGCGGGACAGCCUGUAUGUGGAGGUGCAGAAACACCAGCAGAGGCUGCAGGAGCAGCUGCAGCAGCAGAAUGGGGAAGUGGAGGCCCUGGCACGCGUCUACACCAGCAGCAUUAGCAAUGGCCUCAGUAACCUUAACAAUGAAAUCGGAGGCACUUAUUCCAAUGGACACAUAAUCGACCUGCCAAAAACAGAGGGGAGCAAUGCCUACUACAGUGUUGAUUCCACUCAGCCCUCCCCGGAUCAGUCUGGAAUAGACAUGGCUGAAAUCAAGCAAAUCAAACAGGAGCCUAUUUAUGACCUCACACCUGUACCAAACUUGUUUACAUACAGCUCUUUUACAGAUGGUCAGCUAGCCCCUGGAGUAACAAUGACUGAGUUAGAUCGAAUUGCACAGAAUAUUAUAAAGUCCCAUUUGGAGACAUGCCAAUACACUGUGGAGGAGCUGCAGCAGCUGGCAUGGCAGACCCACACAUAUGAAGACAUUAAAAUGUAUCAAAAUAAGACACGGGAUCUGUUAUGGCAGCAAUGUGCAAUCCAGAUCACACAUGCCAUUCAGUAUGUGGUUGAAUUUGCCAAGCGGAUAACAGGGUUUAUGGAUCUAUGUCAGAAUGAUCAAAUUCUUCUCCUUAAAUCAGGUUGUUUGGAAGUGGUGUUGGUGAGAAUGUGCCGUGCCUUCAAUCCACUGAACAACACUGUGCUCUUCGAGGGAAAAUAUGGAGGAAUGCAGAUGUUUAAAGCACUAGGUUCAGAUGAUCUUGUCAGUGCAGCCUUUGACUUUGCAAAGAGUUUGUGCUCUCUUCAGCUUACCGAAGAGGAAAUCGCUUUGUUCUCAGCAGCUGUGCUGAUAUCACCUGUAGAUCGACCCUGGCUGAUGGAACCCAGGAAAGUUCAGAAGCUGCAAGAGAAGAUUUACUUUGCACUACAGCAUGUGAUGCAGAAGAACCACUUAGAUGAUGACACACUGGCAAAACUGAUUGCUAGGAUCCCAACAUUAUCAUCACUUUGUAAUCUACACACAGAGGAACUCCAGGUGUUUAAACAGCUACACCCUGAAACUGUCAACAUGCUCUUUCCUCCAUUGUACAAGGAACUCUUUAACCCGGACCCUUCCGCGUGCUCCAAGUGAAACAGAGCUCCCACACAACCAUUGGAAUGAGAUACUUGUUACUAAUAAAGCAAUCUGUGAAUGGAGACUGAAAAUAAUCACUACUGCAACACUAGAGGAAUGUCCUGCACUCAAUACAGUUGUGUUCACCGAUACAGUUUAAAGAAUGUAAAUAUGCACCUAUUAAAAGGGGCUUUUCAUAAAUGGCCAGAAAUGUACAGACUUAGAACACUGUAUGUUAUUGUAUCUCUGGGUAAGUUAUUUUUGUUUGUUUUUGAUUUUUAUUUGGGUGUGUAUGUGCAGGUGGGGUGGGGGCUUAUCAUGGGUGAGUUUUGAAAGAGUAAAUCUUACAAAAGUUAUAUUGUAGAUAUACCAUGGAGCAGAGCAGAACUUUACAGUAUUAAUAACUGUUCUGUUCAUGGUUUAGAUGUAAUUUAAGAGGAAAUUAGCAUGUACGGCUAAUAAUUGUUUUCUAUGUUUUUAGUUUAGUUUUACAUGUACAGAAUUUGUAAGAAUUUAACAGGAUUUGUAACGGACAUUUGUGAUAUAUUGGGAACAAAAUAAUUAGGUUGGUUAAGAUUUAAUAAAAGCUUUGUCUGGAUUAUUUAGGAUUUUGUAUGUAAAUGUUUGAUAUUUCAAGUUUCGUAGACUACUGCAGACCUGUAAUGAACUAAAUUAAUUGCUAGUUUUCCAUAUGAAGAUAUAUUUUUGUGAAAAAAGGACAAACAGGCAUACUUUAAAUAGCCUGUGUAGAUGCUUUGUCAACAACGACUGGAUUGCUUCAGCAGAAUUGCUAUCAUGUUGUGGUAGAUAGCUCGUCCUGAGGGGUUUCCAUUCUAACUACUGCACUACAACCAUAGCUUUACACCACUGGGCAUGUCUGGGGAUUUUAUUUGACUUUUCCUUGCCUCAGACCACAGUGUUGAAGACUAAUGAAGGCUCAAGAACAGCAAUAAUUAUUAUGCUACUGUAUCCCAUAUUUGUUUUUAUUUUAGAGAGCAUGAUAUGGCAAAUGGUAUAUUUGAGAGGUACAUGAAUGCUUUCAAAUUGACAUUUUGGCAGUAUAUUUUGUAAGGCAAAAAAGCAGCCUCCAAAUUCAGCUUCAUCACACAACCAUUCAAUUUCCUCUCAAUUCUAGUUUAUUUUCCCAUGCAUUCACAUUCCAGUGGUUAUUGGCUACACUUUUGCUGGCUAGCCUAAUGAAGACAGGCUGAUUGUGUAUCCAAAAAGUCACUAGUGGCCAAUGCAUACCAGUGACUCAGUGCUUAUUUACAGCAUAUGAGUGUUUUUGUGUAGCCUGACUAGGCUGCUAACUUGAUUGGCACCCAGAAGAAGCAAUGUACUGGACAUGUCCGUAGCUGAUAUCAUUGAUUGUUGUCAUUUAACCAUGGUAUGAUAACAUGAUUUAUCAGAAUACCUUUUUAUUCAAAAAUGUUUUUUAUUGCCAACUUUGGACCAGUUGCAUUGUAGGAUGGGGAGUGGGCAUAUUCAGUUCUUAUCUUUACUAACAUUGUUAUUGAAGUUUAUUUGGCAACCAAUAAAUUAAGGACAAGUCUCACUGCCAGCGACAUUUACUUUUGUGGCAGCACAAGUCACUCCUCUUAGCUUGAAUAAAGUUCAUAUUUGUGAUUCUUAUGCUAGGGCAGGGUAAUGAAAGUCAUUCCACUGAAGCGCUGGUUAUGUCCGGAUGCUUUUGUUUUUGUUUGUUUGUUUGUUUGUUUGUUUGUUUGUUUUUGAGGUUCUUUUUAGUACAUUUGUGAUAGACAAUCACCUGGUGUUGCGCAUGUCAAUGUUUCUCUGAGCUUUGCUGCACAUUUGUUCAAAAGUCUAUUUUCUGUUUAAAUGUAAGAUAAAUAAAUAAUGUGCCCAUUUAUAAUUCAUUUUGCUUGCUAUGUUGUUUUUUUGUUUUUUGUUUUGCUUCUCCUCCUUCGUUGUUGUAUUGACUGCUCAGGGAAUGAUUAAACUAAAAAUCAGCACACUGGCUCUGAUAAUCUGUUAUAAAGACCAUCUGGUUUGAAUUCACCCGUUUUGGAGAACUGUAAUGCUUUAUUGGAUGGCAAGGCUAUAUCUCUUGCUGGCUACAGUAGCUUGUCUUACAGUGAGCCAAUCCACUGUCAGUGGUACAAUAUUAAGAAAGAGUUUAGUGUGCAUAGGAAGAUGUUGAAGUUGUUUUACAAAACGUAAGGCCAUUUUAGUCAUAAGCAUUCCAAUUGAAGAUCACUUCAUUCAGCCCCCCCCCCCCCCCCCCUCAGCUUCCCAAUUAGCAAACAUUUUCUAGUGGUCAUAGACAAUAUAACCAUUUUAUUGUGGGAAAGGAAAUAGGAAGAAUGAACAUAACAGAAAAAGGUCAGAUUGAAUUUACUGAUCUACAUGAUAAGAACUGAAUUAUCCACACCAGCAUUUAUUUUAGCAGGUAAAUAUUUAUUUUACUAUAAUCCUUACUGUUCUAAAAUUAGAAUAAUUGAUCUGAUUGUGAGGACCGAAUACUCCUUCGUUCAGAUUUAAACUGGGAGAUAAAGCAGCAAAGGUUUGCAUGACCACAUUUGUUUCAGUGUUAAAGAAACAAGGCUGCGCUAAUCUGUUUAUUCAGGGUAAUAACAGCAUGCAGUUUGUAUAAAAUCUAAACCGAAUUCACAGAACCCUAAGCUCACCCACAUCCCAACCAUUACUCAACACAGUUCAACACAUGCACGACGACACACACACACACACACAGCACCUCUGGCAACAUGCUUAUCAAGAUCAGAAAACAUUUCUCUUUUCGAGAUUUAAAGCUUUGAUGGCUUCGAACAGCUUUAAAUAACUCCAAGUGACUUAUGGUGCCAUUCUGGCUAGUAGUGACUAAAAGGUUUUUUUCACAAAGUGACUUUAGACAUCUCCAUGUGAAGCUACAACACAUAUUUUAUUUUAAUGUAGGCAAAGCAGAAUGGUCUGUAGCUUUUUAUAGGCAGUACUACCACUACUUCCUGUUUCCCAUUUACUGAAUGCUCACUUUGUCAAAGACAAUUGCUUAUGGGGCAGACAUUGCACUGUAGCUCACUCAGGGACUUUGUGGAUAAAAGCUGAAGGAAUGUCAAAUGUAGCUGCCUGGGAUCAACAGCACUGUAGUACAGUAUUUUAAGUUGAAAAUACCCAGACAAGACUUUCAGGGUUGACAAGUAUGCUAAAGAUCUAGCAGCAGAGUUCACAGUUAAACAUUGUAUGUAAUCAGAACAUGCAACUUUGAGAAAAGUAAACUGUAUGUGAAGAGGCCAUUCAUAUUUGCAUAGUUGUUGGGAAUUAUCAAUUAGGUCAUUCACUAUAAGGAAAAUAAAUAUAUCUAGUACUGCAGGUAGGAGCCCUCUCUGAGAUCAAUUCAAUAAUAAGAGUUUUAUAAAUGUUUUACAACAAGACUUAUUUAUUUCUGACAGGUAUUUAAAGUAUUUCACUAUAUCAUAAGGACAUUGGGUCACAUAGAUUUGCAAAUACAGUAGUUUUAAUCUCUACCAAAUUGUGAAUUCAGCUAAAAGCUCUUGGUCUGCGUUGCAUUGAGAUCUUUUUGGUACUUACUGGGCUGUGAACAAGUGUGCAGAGUAUCCAACUAUUAGGUAUAGCAGCAAAAUGUAAAAGUCCUGUUUGUUUUUUGUUUUGAUUAGU